UCAUGGAAAGAGUUACUGCGUUUCUGCUCAAACUAAAGAAAUACUUUCUGAAAAACUCCGCUCGGGCCAUUUGAGUCUAAAGUCGAAGGAAACAGUGGGAACAAAGAGCGAUCUGAAAUGUAUCUGUGGAUUAUAAAGAUGCUUUAGAUGUAUUUUUUGCUCUUUUGUUGUUGACGGAACUCAGAGGAUGCGUGUAUUCCUCAUCCCAGUACGGGACAAAAUGUUGGGAUAAUGUUUUCAUCUGGAAUUUAGUUCAGCCGGACAUGCAAACCAGUUUGUGUUUGUUUUGAAAGAGUUUUACACCACGCAAGAUGCCUAAAAGUGUUAUAUAAGGAUUAUAAGUGAAUUGCAAGUGUUUACCGGUGUCGAGGUUCUGCUGGACGGAAUUUAUGGAUUUAUAGUUAUCUUUUUGCGGCUUAAUAUUGUGGUUUUGCGGAAUAAUGAAACGCCAUAAAUUUUGUGAAGUUGGAGAAUAACAAUACAACUAGGAUAUUUUGUAGACUUACUUUCUUUUAGAGUUACAAAUGUAGCAAAUACGAUUAUACACUCAUUGUUUCAUUUUCCCGGGAAAAUAAACCAUCCCUGAUUUCUUAUUUGUCGCCAGUAAGGCUUAAAUCCUUCAAUCAGAUUUUUUUUAUUUUAUUUAUUAUUUUAUUUUUAUUUUUAUAACUAAUAGCCUUAAAACAGUCUCCAUAGGCUAUGAGCACAUUAGCUUUAUCUACUGCUGUACUACAUAGCCAGAUAUAAGACUCUGGGUUAUACACCAAUGAGGCUGAAAAUAGACCUGUGUUUAUGUUAGAUUUGAUCAGUACAGUAUUCUGCACUGUGACAUGAAGAAAGGAAGCUGAUUUUGUGGCCAAUUUUUGUGUAUCUGCCUUGGUAUUGCAAAAAAACAAAACAAAAACACAACAAAAUGUCACUGAGAGCCAAAGCCCUCUACACAUUCCAAAGUGAAAACAAGGAAGAGAUAAGCAUCCAGGAGAAUGAAGAGCUCGUGAUUUUUGAUGAGAGCUCUGUGGACGGUUGGUUACAAGGCGAGAACAGCCGAGGAGAACGAGGACUUUUCCCUGCCUCCUAUGUGCACAUCAUCCGGUGCCGUUCUGGAUCCAACCUGACUGAUCAAUCCCUCAGCUCUUCUGGAAGCUCUCCUGGAAAAGAUAUAUCGUUACAUCACACCCCAACUACGACCCUACCGAGCGAUGAUGAUGACGAUUGGGACGACUGGGAUGACAGCUCAACAGUCGUUGAUGACGAAGAUCCACAGAGAGGCAUAGGUGCCAAUGGGCAUUCCCACCAGAGCGGGUUUUCCAACUCAAAUGUCCACUACCGGGCCAAGCCAUACAUGGAACGCCAAGACAGCAUAUCCAGCAACAGGAAGGGCAGCAUGGUGGGCAGGAACUUGAAUCGGUUCUCCAGUUUCGUGCGUUCAGGUGUGGAGGCCUUCAUACUUGGUGAUGUGCCCAUGAUGGCCAAAAUCGCUGAGUCUUAUUCAAUAGAAAUGGGCCCCCGGGGGCCCCAAUGGAAGGAGAGCCCUCAGCCAUUUUCCUGUUCCAUUGAAGACCCUACAAAACAGACCAAAUUCAAGGGCAUUAAAACUUAUAUCUCGUACCGAGUGACCCCCAGUCAUACUAGCAGGCCGGUGUACCGUCGCUACAAGCACUUUGAUUGGCUAUACAACAGACUACUGCACAAAUUCACUGUCAUAUCCGUGCCCCACCUUCCAGAAAAACAGGCCACAGGCCGUUUCGAGGAAGAUUUCAUUGAGAAGAGGAAGAGGAGGCUAAUAUUAUGGAUGGACCACAUGACCAGCCACCCUGUUCUAUCACAAUAUGAGGGUUUCGAACACUUCCUAAUGUGUGCAGAUGAUAAACAGUGGAAGCUCGGGAAGAGGAGGGCAGAGAAGGAUGAGAUGGUUGGUGCUCAUUUCAUGCUCACCUUCCAGAUACCCAAUGAGCACCAGGAUCUUCAGGACGUUGAGGAGCGCAUUGACUCCUUCAAGGUGUUUGCGAGAAAGAUGGAUGAUAGUGUGAUGCAGUUGACGCAUGUUGCUUCGGAAUUGGUUCGUAAACACCUUGGAGGCUUUAGGAAAGAGUUCCAAAGGCUUGGGAAUGGUUUCCAGUCCAUCAGUCAAUCGUUCUUGUUAGAUCCUCCAUACAGCUCGGAUGCCCUCAGCAAUGCCAUCUCGCAUACUGGGCGAACCUACGAGAAAAUUGGCGAGAUGUUUGCAGAGCAGCCCAAAUAUGACCUGUUUCACAUGCUGGAUAAACUGUCGCUGUACCAAGGCCUGCUAUCCAAUUUCCCAGACAUCAUCCACCUGCAAAAAGGUGCAUUUGCGAAGGUGAAGGAGUCUCAGCGAAUGAGCGACGAGGGCAGGAUGGACCAAGCAGAAGCAGACGGCAUUCGCAAGCGCUGCAGGACCGUGGGAUUCGCCCUGCAGGCUGAAAUGAAUCAUUUCCACCAGCGCAGGGAGGUGGAUUUUAAAGAAAUGAUGCAGGCGUAUCUACGGCAACAGAUUGCUUUCUACCAGCGUGUGGGUCAGCAGUUAGAGAGAACCCUACGCAUGUACGAUAACCUCUAGGGCCUGACCUUUGGACUGUAAUGGAGAUACGACACUCCUGGGGAUGGAUAUACAAGGAGUUUCGAAUUCCAGACUGGAUAUUUUGCAAGAGAAAGUAGAAAUUGCCGCUUCUGCACUUAAAAAUGUCACUUUUAACCGCAGAAACCAACAUUAUAGUUUACUUGUUUGAUAAAAUGUACAUGUAAAUUGUAUCUUCGGGUUCACUAUGAAAUUUAUUUAAAUGUCUGUUAGAUAAAUGCUACAGUGUUACACUUUCUUUUCAGAUUUUUUUUUUUUUUUUUUUUUUAGAGUCAAACGUGCGCGUUACAAGGUGCAGACGCUUAUCAGACUCUAAAGACCACCGUGUAUCACCUCACGUCUUAUUAUGUACAACGUAAACUAAUAGUAUGAAUCUUGUUGCAGAGAAGUGUAAAGGUAGUAAAUUUGGUGGUUUGCUAAUACAGACUAAGCAAGUUUGUUGUAAAACUAGCAUAUGACGAAGCUUGUUUACAUGAUCAUUUGCCAAACAAAUUGUCUUUUUUAAAAGAAAAUUGUGACAUGAAUAUGUCUACUGUAUCUAGUAUCUGUAUCUAGAUGCAACAAGUUUCUGCUUUAAACAGUGAAUCACAUGUUAGAGUCAUGUGAUACUCUUCAGAGAUUCAGUUGAAUUCUUGUCUGGAUGUCCAGAGUGCUCUCAGAUGCAGUAGAGAUUACUCUUUUUUCCAUGCUAAUGAAUGAGCUUAUGAGUUCAUGUUAGUUGGAAAGAGUAUUUUGCAAUUCCCUCUGGCACAAAUUUUUCUAGUUAUUGAUUGAGACAAAACAUGUUUUGUGAGUUAUUCAGAAAGUUUUUGCACACCGAGGGUCUGAAUUGCAGAUGUAAACACUUCAGUAUUAGCAUUAGCAUCUUUACCACAAAUGUUUGUUCGGUGUGUUUCUAAAGGUGAAAGGGAACUAACAUACUUCUCUUCUCAUUUUUGUGUUCUCUCAGGAAAAAAAAACGGAGAGGUCUUACACUUUGUGCUUGAUUUUAUGUUCAUGGUUUUUGUUUUUAUUUCCCUUUUAUAUUUAGUUCUUAGAUUUAAGAGGUACAGGGGUUUAUAUUAGCAAAUCUCAAGGUUGCAAUCUUACUUGACUCUGUGGUGUAGAGUUGCCAUUUUACAGUGCUUUUGGUUUAACUGUAAAACUUGUCUCUUUUCUCAAGUUUCAGAUUGUAAACUUGGAUGUUUACUGUUUGCACACUUGUUAACUGUUAAGGACCAAAAUGUCAAACUUUAGUUUUAUUGAAGUUUUACGAUAAACAUGUUAAAAAUCUCAGAGGUUUAUCUGAGCAGGUUUGGACUUGUAAUCUGGACCUGACACAAAUGUAAUGUAGAAACAUCUAUAGCAUUAAUGCAUUAAUAAAUCAAAAGUCAACAUGAAAUAAAAAUUGACCUUAAAUAUUAUAUUAAAAUUUCUUAAUAUACGUUCCUGGUAUUAUUAACAAUUUAUCAGUGCACGUUAUUCCAAAAAAAAAAAAAUGGUUAUCUUUGUAAUUGUUAAUGAAAAUAUUUAAACCCCGCCUCUUAAACCCCUUUCCUUUUUGGGUGAUGUCACCAAGUCCUAUUUUUUAGCCCCUCCCCCUCCAUCCACUAGUCAUGAAAAGACUACUUUUCACCAUCCAAUCAAUUCCUGAUGGAUAAAAUCCUGCCCUAAAUCCUGGCCUACAUAUUUUUCUGAGAAACCUAGAAUUCAUCCCAUUACGGAUGUAAAAUGAGUUGCAAACGGCAUUUCAUGUUGACUUGAAAAUAAACAUACUGAUGAAUAUUUUAAAAUGCCUAAUAACUGACCAGUCCUGUGGUUUGCAGAAAUUUUAUUUUGGAUUCCAGAUGUUUAUAUGCUCACAGAUCAAAUCAGUUAAAAAAAACACUGUACAAUCCCUCAGGGGAUUUCUUUUCUGGUAAAGAGGGGAAGUCCGCAUAAGCAAAACAAAAACACUCUGCUUUCAGUUCUCUGGAAAUCUUUGGACACAGACCCUGUGUCGUUGUUGUGUGUGCAUUUGGCCACUUCACCCACAUUCCGAGAUACAGCUGAGCUCAAAUGCACAGCAGAGUUCCUCAUACCAAAGUCAGAUACAGUUUUCCAUGACUAGACUAAUCCAAAUAUUCCAUUUUCAUAAUGGUCAUCUUGCUUUUUGUGCUAGAGAUGUUGGCAAAGUUUUAUCAGGACACUUUUGAAGAUGGAUUACUCACAUUCUGAGGAAGCCUAUUGUUUAAAUGAGCAAAAAUGGAACAACUACAGAGGAUGGACUCUCUUCUCAUUGGUCGAGAUGGGAAGCAGAAUAUGUUCUGUUACUUUAAAACUCAGUUCUGGAGGGUCAGCAGAACUCAUACAGAUAGUUUUGGACUCUUUUACAGUGUGAGAUCAUUACCGGCACAUUUCUCCAUGUGUACUUACUGUAAAGAAGACAGUAGAAUUUAUAUAAUGUGUAGAUUUUACACUCUUUCACAGAUCUGGUGUUAAACAGGGGAUCUUAAUAAAUAGAUCUCAAAAUGUU